AUGAAUUAAAGUUUACUUCAUCUGAUCUAAAUUGCAUAAAAACAUGAAAAUAAGUUUGAUUAAUAAUAUUUAGAUGAUAUGAUAACUUCUUGUAGAUAAAAUGGUUAAAAUGACCGUUAUUUAAUAUUGUUAUUAAUCAAAAUUUGGAAAAAUAACUAAGAGUUUUUGGGAUAUAGAUUUAAGUAAUGGGUUUAACAACAUAAAGUAUGUAAUUCGAAAUCUCCUGUUGAUUUAUUAAGAUAUGGUUAAGUUAAUGAAUGCAUCUAAAAAUAUGAACAAAAUUUAUCCCGCAAUACUUUUGAAGCUAUAAAAAAACAUAAUUUUUUUCCAAAUUCACAAUCUUAACUAUAGGAAGAUAGUCUUAAACGAGUUAAAGAGAAUUUAAAAUAAUAUGAUAAUGAUAUUUUAAAUGAAAUCAAUAAAAUUUUGUUAGGUGAUAGGGAUUCAAUUCUAAAGGCAUCUUAGUCAGAUUGGAUUUCAUAUAUUAUGUUAUAUGUGUAAUUUUGUGAUUAUAAAAUUGUACCUUUAGAUAUGACAAUAAUCUUAAGAAAAUUAAAAUUCUCUAUUGAUUAAGAUAAUGAUAAUCUUUUAUAAUUAUUCGGAGAAAUUGUGUUAAGACCAGAAGACAUAAAUAUUAUUAAUUCUUUACUUUAGUAUGAUAAAAAUUUAACUUAUUUUGUGUAUUUGUAUUUUUAAAAUUAAGGAUAGGAGUAAUUAAGAUCAUAAUAAGAAAUAUAUGUAUUCUAUAAUUUUAUAUAAAUUUUAGAAAAGUAAAUUUUAAUUAAUAAAAACUAUUCUAGAAGAAAUUCCAAAUGAUAUGCAAUUUGAAAAUGAAAUCUUAUAUUUUUUUGAAGAAAUUGCAGAAAUUAUUAAAAUGUUAAGAAAAAUAAAAAAUAAGCAAUUCGAAAAGGAAUUUUAAGAUAUAUUCAAUGAGAAAAUGAAAGGAAUCAUAAAUUCUUCUACCAGUUUUAAAAAAAGUAUGAUUAUGUAUUAAUUUAGUAAUGAACUUUGUUCAUUGCAUUGAAAAGAUUUAAUAAAGAGAUUAAGCAUCUAUUAUACAUGAAGCCUUAUUAUAGAAAUUAUUCAGUCAAAAUUUAUAAAAAUUUGAAGAGAAUGAAAAUGCUUUAAAUAUUAUAAUAGAAAAAUUUUAUUAUGAUGAAAAUUUUAGACAAUAAGUUAAAUAAAAAAUAAAUAAUCAAAUCAAUAAUCCUUAUUUUGAAGUAUUAUUUAGAGAUUUCUUAAAUAAUUUCACAUUAUAUUAAUAUAGAGGAUAUUUUGAAUAAGAAUUAAUUAAACUCUAAUUUAAAUUUGGAUUAAAAUUAUAUGAUUUGCAAUUAACAAAUAAAAUUGAAUGCCCUGAGAUUCUAAUUAUGAAUAUAUCAUAAGAAUUUAUAAGAAAUGUUAUUCAGUCUGAUGACUCUUUUAAAUUGAAAAUGAAGAUAAUUUUAAGUAACUUAUUAGAUUAAUGUUAAAAUUUAUAGGAUGAAAAAUUAGAUAACAGAAAAAAUAUCAUUCGACUCUUAAUAAGAAGACUAUGA